AUGUUGAAGCAAGUUUAUUGCAAGGGCAACCCUAACGAAUCAGUAGCUUGCGAUUGCGAAGAGUACUCCGCACCUACGAAUCUUCCAGUUGGCCAAAAAGAGCUUUGUGCAGAAUGUUUGCACGGCAAGAGCAAACAUCCUCAACCCCAACGGCCUGCAUCAGUGGCCGAGCUGUCAGUACCUCCCAUACUAGAUCAGACUUGGAGUACUCCACCAAGGCCUGUCACAACCGCAAAAGAACGAGUUGGAGUGACAGCUAUAUACAAGCAAUCACUCGCUCGGAAAGCCGGACAAGACCCGGAACUCAAAUUCAAUGUGUCAUCCAACAGUCAGAAGACGGCUACCGCGAGAGGUGAGGCGAUCGCAGGAUUCCGCCCACCUGUAAAAUGGAAAUUCACAGGCAGGGCAAUAUCCUUAAGACAGGCCAGUUCUUCGAAGCAAGGACAAAUCCGGAUCAAAGUUGGCGCCAUUGCUGUCUUGAUCAAUUACCUUGAUGACAAAGGAGAGUUGACAAUCACGAUCCCGCCUUCUGAGAACGACAGUGUGGAUUUCAGCUUUUGCCCGGACUGGACAUUUGACGAGGUUGAUGCUUACAUUCGAAGACUUUUUCCAAAGGUCUUUGGAUACCUCGACUCUGUAAAGGCAGGUGAUGUAAAGGGGAAGGCCAUAGAUAAUGGAGCAUCUGAAUGGGUGUUGAUUUCGAAAGAGAACCGCAGGCUGAGUGUCGCACCUGACCCAUUUCCGAACGGCAAACAUCUUGAAUGGUACAAAGGCAGAAAUAAUGCCCCUCUUCAACAGACAAAUGUUUUUAUUGGUAUCCGGACAUAUGUACCUGAGCAUAUUUAUGCACGCUGGGAUCCUAUGGCGCUGGAUCUGUUCAACUAUUCUUCACAUGCAAAACUCACAGACGCACAGACGCCACACACACAAACGAGACGCACACAUAAUCACUCCUUCGCAUACACAUUCUUGUAUUGUAGGAAAAUUAGUACUGCACUAUGA